AAGGAUCUUUCAUACUGAACUCUGCUCUGAAAAACAAGAAAGCCUCUCCUCUGUGGAAUUGAAAUAAAUAUUUGACAGUUGCCUUGAAUAAAAAUUAAGCAAAAAUGUCUAUCAUAGAUCCUUACCAGCACAUUGUGGUGGAGCACCAGUACUCACACAUAUUCACUGUGACAGUAAGGAAAGCCACAAAUGUCACCAAGGGAGCCAUUGGUGACAUGCUUGACACUCCAGACCCCUACGUGGAGCUGUUCAUCCCGACCGCCCCCGACUGCAGGAAGAGAACGAAACAUUUCAACAACGACGUGAACCCCGUGUGGAACGAGACCUUUGAGUUCAUCCUGGACCCCAACCUGGAGAAUGUCCUGGAGGUUACUCUGAUGGAUGCCAACUACGUUAUGGACGAGACUCUUGGCACAUCCACAUUUCCCAUCUCUUCUCUGAAACUGGGAGAAAAGAAGGAGGUCCAGUUGACUUUCAAUGAUGUCACAGAAAUGACUUUGGAAUUGUCUCUUGAAGUAUGCUCUUCCACAGAUCUCCGGUUCAGCAUGGCCCUGUGCGAUGAGGAGAAGAAAUUUCGGCAGCAGAGGAGAGAUAACAUCAUGCACAGCAUCAAAUCAUUCCUAGGAGAGGAAAACAGCAAGAACUUGACCACUGCCCGUGAUGUCCCAGUCAUAGCGAUCCUGGGCUCGGGAGGUGGAUUUCGUGCCAUGGUGGGGUUUGCUGGAGUCAUGAAAGCACUUUAUGAAUCCGGAGUUUUGGACUGUGCCACUUAUAUUGCUGGGCUCUCUGGAUCCACCUGGGUGGAGAAUUCCUUUCCUGGCAGGAGAGACAGGUACAUGUCAACUUUGUACUCACACCCAGACUUUCCAGCAAAGGGCCCAAAAGAGAUCAAUGAAGAGCUGAUGAACUCUGUGAGCCACAACCCCCUCCUGCUGCUCACUCCUCAGAAAGUGAAACGCUACAUCGAAGCCCUGUGGAAUAAGAAGAGUUCAGGGCAGCCUGUCACCUUCACGGAUAUCUUUGGAAUGCUGAUAGGGGAAACACUUAUCCAUGAUAGAAUGGACACCACUUUGAGCAACAUGAAAGAGAAAACCAAUAAUGCCCAGUGUGCUCUGCCACUCUUUACGUGUCUCCAUGUGAAACCAGACGUGUCAGAGCUGAUGUUUGCAGACUGGGUGGAAUUCAGUCCCUAUGAGAUUGGUAUGGCCAAAUAUGGCACUUUUAUGUCUCCUGAUCUGUUUGGCAGCAAGUUUUUUAUGGGGACAGUGGUGAAGAAGUACAAUGAAAAUCCCUUGCAUUUCCUCAUGGGUGUUUGGGGCAGUGCAUUUUCCAUAUUAUUUAACAGAGUGCUUGGUGUCUCCAACUCUCAGAAUAAAGGUCCCACCAUGGAAGAAGAAUUAGAAAAUAUCAGGCUAAAGCACCUCGUAAGCAAUGACAGCUCAGACAGUGAAGAUGAAUCACAGCAUCCAAAAGGCACCGGGAGCGCCGAGGCCCGGCCGGAGCAGCAGGAGAGCGACCAGGAGAGGAGCCAGGAGAGCAGCCAGGAGAGCUGGGUGCAGCGCAUGCUCAUGGCCCUGGUGGGGGACAGUGCCCUCUUCAACACCCGGGAGGGCCGUGCUGGCAAGGUGCACAACUUCAUGCUGGGGCUGAACCUCAACAGCUGCUACCCCCUGUCCCCCCUGGCAGAGCUGCUCACCCAGGAGUCCGUGGAGGAGGACGAGCUCGACGCGGCCGUUGCAGAUCCUGAUGAGUUUGAGAGGAUCUAUGAGCCACUGGAUGUGAAGAGCAAGAAGAUUCACAUUGUGGACAGUGGGCUGACGUUUAACCUGCCAUACCCCCUCAUCCUGAGGCCUCAGAGAGGCGUCGAUCUCAUCAUCUCUUUUGAUUUCUCAGCAAGGCCAAGUGAUUCCAGCCCUCCUUUCAAGGAAAUUCUGCUGGCUGAGAAAUGGGCUCGAAUGAACAAGCUGCCUUUCCCCAAAAUAGACCCCAAUGUGUUUGACAGAGAGGGCCUGAAGGAGUGCUAUGUGUUCAAACCAAAGGACACCUCUUCAGAGAAGGACUGUCCCACCAUAAUCCAUUUUGUCUUGGCCAACAUCGACUUCAGGAAGUACAAAGCUCCAGGAGUUCCCAGGGAAACACAGGAAGAGAAGGAUUUUGCAGACUUUGACAUUUUUGAUGAUCCAAAUACACCUUUCUCUACCUUCAACUUCCAAUAUCCCAACGAGGCUUUCAAGAGGCUCCAUGACCUGAUGGAGUUCAACACCCUCAAUAACAUAGAUGUGAUCCGGGAGGCCGUGCUGGAGAGCAUCGAGUACCGCAAGGAGAACCCGUCGCGCUGCUCGGUGUCCCUGAGCAGUGUGGAGGCCAGGAGGUUCUUCAACAAGAGCCACCUCAACAACAACCACACGUAGAGGCCGUGCCCGGGCCCUGCUCCUGCCCCUACAGCUGGAGCCACAACCCCUCCAGCAGCUCCUCGCCCGCUCCCCCACACCUUGUCUUGGGACUUCUCGAGUUCCAGUAUCGUUUUGUACUGCUGUUUUUUUAAACUAAACACAUUUCAGUAUGCUGAGAUCCUGAUUUUAACAGAUGCGCAGUUAGGGUUUUUUUUUUUUGAGAUCA